CUCUCAUCACUGGUUUAGAACCCGACCCGACUCGUUUUAUUUCUCCUCUUGCUUCUUUCACCGGAACUUCUUGGUUGGUUGAUCUUGGAAAUUUAUCGACCUCAACAUUCUCUUGAUUUUCUCAAGUUUGAUCUCUCGUUACUUGUUUGUGAACAAACUAUAUAUUUUUGUCAGGUCACUGUUUCAGUAGCCAAUGGCAAAGCAUCACCCUGAUCUGAUCAUGUGCCGGAAACAGCCAGGCAUUGCUAUCGGACGGCUUUGUGAGAAAUGCGACGGGAAAUGCGUGGUUUGCGACUCUUACGUGCGUCCGUGCACUCUGGUGCGUAUCUGUGACGAAUGCAACUACGGGUCAUUCCAAGGCCGGUGCACUAUAUGCGGAGGGGUCGGGAUCUCGGAUGCUUAUUACUGCAAAGAGUGUACGCAGCAGGAGAAAGACAGAGAUGGUUGUCCCAAGAUUGUCAACCUUGGGAGUGCUAAGACGGAUCUCUUCUAUGAACGUAAAAAAUAUGGAUUCAAAAAACGAUGAUCAAUGUAUUGGGGUUUCCCGAUUACUGGAUUUCUUAUGCUACUGUGUCUGUUGCAUAAAACUAAUAUGUAUUCAUACAUUAUGCUUUCUUAUUCUUGAUAAUCUAGACUUGAGUUGUCUUUAUUGGA